GUUAGCGCCGAGCAUUCAAAGCCGCGUAUUACUCUCCUCCGCCACCUGAUACAAGCUCUCUGCCGCGGCAUCCCGAGCAACAUGGCGCAACAGGCUCAGCCCAGCGGGUAUGCUCAUGAGGACGCAUGGCACGUCGACUGGCUCCGUGUUGACUCCAUCCAUGAGUUAUACUAUGAGCAAUACGGCAAGAAAGACGGGAAGCCAGCGAUAUAUCUCCAUGGAGGACCAGGCGGUCACAUCUCAAAGAGCAACACAGCUUUCUUCGACCCAGAGCAAUACCAAGUUGUGUUAUUAGACCAGCGAGGCUGUGGGAAAUCCCGGCCCAACGCCGAGACUCGCGAGAACACCACGUGGCACUUGGUGGAAGACAUCGAGAGACUCCGGCGCCACCUCAAGAUUGAGAAAUGGCACGUGGUAUUUGGAGGCUCGUGGGGCUCGACCCUUGCCCUGGCCUAUGCCCAGACCCAUCCUGGAUCCGUCGGCUCCCUCAUCCUCAGAGGCAUCUUCGCUGUUCGCCAGCUCGAGCUCAAAUGGUCUCUAAUUGAAGGCGCUAGCAUCAUGUGGCCCGAUGCAUUUGACGAGUUCAUCAACUUUCUUCCAGAUGAAGAGAGGAAGAACCAUGUCGAGUCCUACUUGAAACGGUUGCUUUCAGACGACCCGAAGAUCAGCCUUCCUGCGGCCAAGGCUUGGAACAAAUGGGAGCUUUCCAUCAGCACCCUCUAUCCAAGUGCUGAUGCACUCAAGCAGCUUGACGAUGAGUCUUACUUGCUUGCCCACGCACGGAUCGAGGCACAUUACUUCACAAAUGGCGCCUUUCUGGAAGAGGGUCAGCUGCUGAAAAAGGCAAAUGUUGACAAAAUCCGUCAUUUACCAACUACAUUGGUGCAAGGCCGUUACGACGUGGUUUGUCCGCCUAUCACCGCGUGGGAAUUAUUCAAGGCGUUUCCUGAGUCUAGGCUUCAUUGGAUCGAUGAUGCUGGACACAGUGCACUAGAGCCCGGAACCAAGCGCAAACUCAUAGAAACAUGCGAUGAAUAUGCUAAGCUAUAGCUACAUCCGAGUCGUGGUUACUUUGUGAAUGGUUGGCUAGGGGUGCUUUCGUGGAGAUUCUGUGCCUGUUAUAUGGAUGAUCGUUUAUGAUAACAAUUGCGAGGAUAGUUCGUACUAGACACAGGCCAGAACAUACUCUAUGCUGCUUCGUG